GGCACCAGGAUGUCGUCAGAGACCUGAGCUUUGCUCCCAAUGGAAGCCCCAUCCUUGUGUCGGCCUCCCGGGACAAGACUUUGCGCGUCUGGGACCUGAGCAGAGAUGGGCGGCAGGUCCAGGUGCUGUCGGGCCACGUGCCAAUGGGUCUACUUCUGCUCCCUCUCCCCAGACUGCAGCAUGCUCUGCUCCGCUGCUGGAGAGAAGUCGGCGCUGCUGUGGAGCAUGCGGUCCUACACCCUCAUCCGGAGGCUGGAGGGGCACCAGAGCAGCGUGGUGUCGUGCGACUUCUCGCCGGACUCGGCGCUCCUCGUCACUGCUUCCUACGACGCCUGCGUCAUCAUGUGGGACCCCUACACUGGGGAGCAGCUGAGGACGCUGCGCCACGUCCCCUUGCACUCGGCAGUGGACUACAGCAGCGAAGUCCACACCAGCUCCCUGCGCUCCGUCUGCUUCUCUCCUGAGGGCCUCUACCUGGCCACGGUGGCGGACGACAGGCUCCUGAGGAUCUGGGCGUUGGAGCUGCGGUCUCCGGUUGCGUUUGCUCCCAUGACCAACGGCCUGUGCUGCAUGUACUUUCCACACGGCGGUUUCAUUGCCACAGGGACCAGAGAUGGCCACGUCCAAUUCUGGACCGCUCCAAGGGUCCUCUCGUCGCUAAAGCACUUGUGUCGCAAAGCGCUGCGCACAUUCCUGACGACGUACCAAGUCCUCGCGCUCCCCAUUCCCAGGAAACUGAAGGAAUUCCUCACUUACCGGACCUUUUAAGGCAGCAUGGAAAGUGGAGGCACGGAGGCGAGAGCCC